UAGAUGGUAAGAGAGCAAUGACCCACGUCAAAUUGAUUGGGAGUUGACAAUGCCUGAGAAACGAUUUAGCCUUCUUCAGAGUAUCACAAGAUCCUGAUAGUAUCUCAACCAAAACAAUUUUUAUUACCAUACCUGAUGUUGAUACAAGUUGUUUACCUAGAAGAGAGCCCCAACAAGUUAGCUCUUGGAGUUGUGAUGCGAAAACGGGUAAGGCAUAAAUGGUUAAUACAAACGGCCAUACUAUGAUCAUAUAGAAUGUCUUGUUACUCUAAAUUUUACAAGGCUAUUAUAAUGAUCAUUCUUUUCAUUUCAUGUAAAUUUGUAUUAUGACCGAAGUGAUGUUACCCCAAGCCAUAAAUUGCAGCAAGGAAAGGUUGUUUGAAUUAAUGUGCACUUAUGUAAAAUGUCAUGUAGCUGCCAUGAAGAACUAGUAAAAGUGGAUCAAUCAGUGUGUUUGCUGUCGACAAGGAUAAUAAUUGUGAUAAUGGGGAUGGUUCAUGAAGAUUGACAUAUACAAAUUGAAGUGAUAGAAAGUACAGAGCUACAAGACAUUUCUUUGUUUAGUGUAGCAUAGUGGUUAGGAGUGAUUUGGUAGGAUUUCACAGUGGUAGGGAUAUUGACAAAAGUCGUUAUGUGUUGGUGCUUCCACGCAUAUAUUGCCUGCCUGUUUCUUUUGUUUGUAUAUGAGAUUUCUAUAGCAGAUUGCAUGCUUUGUAUUUUUUCUGCCAUUUUAAUUAACAAUUAUAUAUCAGAAAAAACUGGCUGACACAUUCCAUCGACUUAAUUUGGACAUUGCUGGUUCUCAGUCAAUGAUUCAUCGCCUUUGGUGUCACUGUGAUAAGCUAGUUUACAAUGUAAGAGUGAAACUGCCAAAUUGGGAAUUUAUCUCAGAAUCUUCCUAUAUAAAAAAAAGUUAUUUGUUUAUUUAUUUUUCCUCCAUCAUGGUACUUUUUUUUAUACAAUAAACCUGCUUUUUAUUCAAUAAUCAAACCAUCCUUCUCUAAUAGAUAUAGGAGAAAAAUAGGAGGCCUAAGAGCCCAAGUUUCAGUAGUAUCCCAAUUACAAGUGGAGUGGGCCAUUACGUGGGCUGGUUCAUUACCCGUUCUCUUCGUGAAGUUCCAACAAACCUAGCCCAUAGAACUCGCCCGGUUCUUCAGCUCUCAGGCAACCAAACCCACCUCUAACCUCGAGUGUACCCCCCCCCCCCCCCCUUCAGUUUCUGAAUGGCUGUUUGACAGUCACUCCCCAUUAUGCUGGUGAGAAGCCAUACAUUUUCCACCAUCUGCAACCCAAAUUCAAUCGCCCGGAGUUUCAGAGAUCUCCGGUUGCCAUUGGUUUCGCUCCCUUCUUACCGCCGCCAGCAAAAAUUUCUCGGUCUCGUCGCGAACUACAAGCCCCAGCCCCGUGCCUCCCCCACCCCCCAGCACCGCUCCAUCAGCAUUCAACUUCACCCAUCCCUUCGGCGGCUUCUCCCAGGUACAACUCCCAACCGAUUCCGCUUCUUGUUCCUUCGUGUGGAGUGAUUUGUAUUCCGCCAAGUAAUCCAAAGCCUUCCCCAUAAUCUCCCACUCUUCCGCCUUGUGUUGUUAAACAUCUGAUUGUUCCUUUCGUUCCAGAUCGACCAUAGAAUCAAACCCAAUUUUUCCAGCGUUUCAUUGUCAACCUUAUCCAUUACCUCGCAAAGCCAGCUUCCCGAUGACAGGUUAGGCUCCAUCUCGAAUAUAUCUCCGAAAGAUGUAGGCCUCCAAAUAUGGGUUGCCCAUUGACACUCUCUAAAAAUAUGGUUCUGGCUUUCUUCAAGAUCGCAAAACGGAAAUUCCGUUGCAUCCAUCCACACUCUCGUCUGGCUUUCCACACUCUCGUCUGUGUUGUAUCCAUCCACCUUCUCGCUAAUCGGUAUGGGAGCACUUGUCUUGAAUCUUUUCUUUGCUAUCAAGGUAUAAGAUGAUUUCAGAGUGUAGUCACCCUUCUUUUCAGCACUCCAUACCAAGUCGUCCUUCGCUGGCUGCCUGGGAAUAGGAAUUGCUGCAAUCCGCACUUUAUCCUCUAGAUUGAAGCUGGUUUGGAGCAUAUUCCACCUUUAAACCCUCUGCUCAUGGUCGAUUAAAUCCAUUACCCUAGUUAACCCCCUGCUUGAGGUUUUGGGGAAGUAACUCGAUAGUCAUUGUCUUCAGCCCCUGCGACCCAUCUGUCUGACCAUAUAUUAAUCUCGGAGCCAUUUCCUACUCUCCAUCAAAUCCCAUCCUUGACCAUUUGUUGUGCAGCCAUGAUACUUCGCCAAGUGUAACUAGGAUUGUUCCCUAGUUUAGCUUGUAGGACAUCAGCGUUAGGAAAGUACUUAGCUUUCAACAACCUAGCUUCUAAGGAUUUUGGAUUGUUCAAUAGGUUCCAUAAUUGCUUCCCUAGCAGGGUAAUGUUGAAAGUGAAUUAACUUUCGAAAGCCCAUGCCCCUUCCUCCUUUGGUUGACAUAGAUUAUGCAUGUCCUCUAGGGAAUCCUUCUUUCUUCUUUUUGUUGACCCCACCAAAAGCUAGAAAUGGCCUUUCUCAAUUCUUCUAUCACGUUGUCUGCUAUCAGAAAAAGUGACAUGGAAAAUGUUGCCUGGGAUUGAGCUACUGAUUUUAUAAGAACUUCCUUUGUUGUUAUAUAUAGAUAGAGUUUGAAUUCCUCCGAUCGAUGACCAUUAACUAGGAUUUGAUAGGAAACUGUAGAUAUACAGUGCAUGAUGAUCUUCACCCAUCUUUCAGCAAAGCCUAAUCAUACCAUCAUAGCUUCUAGGAAAUCCCACUCCACCCUAUCAUAAGCCUUGGAGAUAUCCAAUUUAGCAGCCAUAAAACCUUUCUUUGCUUGGGUCUUUUGCUUCAUAGGGUGAAAACACUUGAAAGCCACUAGAAUAUUAUUUGUAAUAUACCUUCCUGGGGCGAAUGCACUAUGUUGUUCCCCAGUGACUGAGUUGAGCACUCAUUUAAGUCUAUUUGCUAGUACUUUAGAUAGGAUCUUAUAGAGUACAUUGCAAAGACUUAUGGGUCUGAAUUCCAGGGGAGUGGCAGGUUUAUUGUUCUUUGGUAUAAGCGUUAUAAGGGUCUUGUUCAGCUGCAUAGGAAACUCCCCGAGCUCUAGGUACGCACGUAAUUCACUCAGGACAAUAGUCCCAAGAGCAUUCCAGUGUUUCUGAAAGAACCUAGCUGACAUCCCAUCUGGUCCUGGAGCCUUGUUGGGUCCCAUCUUCUUCAAAGCCAUCAUUAUUUCUUCCUCUGUAAAGGGUUCCGGAAGGGAUUGAUUCACUUAUGUUGUUACUCUGGGAGUAACCAAAUGUAGAAUCUUGAUCCCCUCCCUUCUUCUUCCCUUUGCGAAUAAACCUUUCAUGUAGCUAACCAAACAGUUGGUCACCUCUUGCUGGCCUAUAAAUAUUUGGCCAGUUUCAUCUUGUAAUCUCCUAAUUGUAUUCCUCCUCCUUCUUUUUGAGACUUUCCUAUGGAAGUACCCCGUAUUUAGAUCCCCUUCCUUCAACCAAUCUGCUCUAGAUCUCUGCUUCCAUUUCAAUUCCUCUUGGAGAAUUAUAUCAUUAAGUUCCUACUCAAGUAUUCUCCUGUACUGCAGCAUUACUUUUGUUCUUUUCCUUUUGCAGGGCCUGCAGGGCCUUUUCUGCUCUCUUCCUCCUUUGUUUCAGCAAACCAAAUGCUUCCUUACUCCAGGAUAAAAGUUUAUCCUCACAGUUUUUGAUUCGUGCCAUGGAACCUACUUCCCCUUGCUGGUCCCAAGCUUCUUCAACGAUUUUGGCACAAUCUCCGUGCCUCUCCCAGCAGGGCUCAUACCGAAAAGAGCAUCCCAGGUAAUUUCCUCUUCUUUCAUAUUCAGUUUCAUUUGUAUAGGUAUAUGGUAUGAUCCACACCUCUCUAGAUGGUAUACACGCAUGUUAGGAUAGCACUCCUGCCACUCUUGAUUUCCCACUACUCUAUCCAGUCUUUCCUCAGCAUAAUCUUGGCCUGCUCGAUUAUUUUACCAACUGAAAGUCCUGUCAUAGUAGCCACAAUCUUCCAAAUUGCAAUGAUCCAAAGUGUCUUGAAACAUUUCCAUCUCUCUUGCAUCUGGUUCACGAUUUCCACUUUUUUUCUAAAUAGUCUGUAAUGAGGUUGAAAUCCCCCAUUAUCAGCCAGAGUAGCUGGACUUGCUGGUGUAACCUCUCAAGUAAUUCACAAGUUCUCCUUUUAUUGAAUGCUUCAGGCCAUCCAUAUACUCCUGUGAACCUCCAUUCUGUUAUGUUGUAGGCAUUUUGAUCUUAGCAUCAUUAAGAUGGAGGUAUCGACCCUUGACCUCAAAAGAUACAUCUUCUUUCCACAUCAACAGAAGCCCUCCCGCCUGUUUCCCCUAGCCGCCACUCCUUUUCCAUCAAAAUACCCAAACUCUUUAAUUUUCCUUUUCCAUUUGUCAUCAUAUUGCUUUGUCUCCGUGAACACAUCGAGAUUUGUUUGACGUAAUAAUGUCUUAACUUUUUCAACUGCCGGGGUAUUCCCGAGACCUCGGCAGUUGUAGCUCAAAAGACUCAUUGAGUUGGGUAGCUCUGCUCCCUGGCAGAGUCUGCCACUUCACCAUCCUUUUUGUUUUUGGUGAUAUCUGCUUGUGCAUCCUCAUCUGGUGUUCAGAAACUCAAAAUUUUGGCUUUCUUUGCUUGCAUGUCCUUGCCAUUACCCUGAGUUCCAUCUUCCCCGCCAUUUUGUGCAGUUCUUUUCUGUGGCGUCACUUGGGGAGGAUCAGAUACAGGUACACGCUGUUUGGUCUGUUCCUUCCUUCGCCAGACAUUGUUCUUUUGCUUUCGUCCUGUUUCAUUGAAAUAUGCUCCAAUCACGAAUUGAUUUAGUGCUCCUCCAAUCCCGAGAUGUCCCAAAGGUGGAUUUGGAUAAGGCAGUUUGCUUCUUAUUUCUUUCACUUGUGGUGUGUCUCCCUUCUUUUAUCUAUUUCAAACAGGUUUGUUUCUAUGUUAUUUCUCCAAUCAUCCUCCUUUUCACUAUCAAUCUUGCGUGAAAUAUGUUCUUUUUUUGCCACUUCCUCCGCUAGUGGUAUUUCAUAAUUAGAAUUUGAUCAUGUGCUCUCCCAAUCAAAUUUCUUUCUCAGUGAUGCCCAUAUUUCUCCAUCCUCUUUUUUCAGUGAGUGAGACAACCAGUUCCUGGGUCCUGGCGCCCCAGCUCUCAAUUCCAUUCCAAAUGGAUUCGGCUCCACUCUAGAGGGUUUAGGGUUGCGCAGCUUUGGAUGGCCAAUUCGACCAUAAGAGUAGCAAAAAAUAGGUAGCUUCUCGUACUUGACCAUGUAUUCCACCAACUUCCCUUUUAUAUUGAGCUUGAUCUUCUUCUUCAGAGAGUUAUGAAUAGAUAAGCUCACCCUUAGACGCAUAUAGGAGUCCCACAUUGACCUAGGACUGUCAUCAAACCAGACUAGAGAUCCAAACCUAUUAGCAAUUUUCUCCGCCAUUAUCUUUGUUCUGAGCUCCACCGAGAAUUCUUUGACAUGAAUCCACAUAUCUAGCAUAUGUAGUGCUUCAGGGACUGGUUUUUUAAUCAACAAGCUUGCCAUGAACACCAUAGCAUUGCUUUCAUAAUGCCAAGGGCCUCUGAAACAAACCCUAUCUCGAUCAUCCACGUCCAGAAACUGAAACGCAAAGAACAUGUGAUAAACCCAGUAUUCAACCGACAUCAUGCAACCGUCACAAACCAUUUUUAGGUGAUCAUAAGGAGAAAAAUGAUAAAAUCAUCUAAAUGUGUAAGUUAAUGGUGUUGGUAUCUACUAUUGGUUAAAACAUUGGGUUUGGGCGCUCUUCCCUCCAAAACAACCCAUCAAACCAAAUUACACCCAUAUAAUGGUUUCUUAAAGCUAAACCCACGUGGAUGGCAAUUUCUAUUUGCUUCCCUCCAACCAAAUGAUGGAUUAACACAUCAUCACCUGCCAUUUUCCAUGUGUACGAAUUAUUACGAGUAAUUAGUUGAUGGAUGGUAAUGGAACCUUGUACUAUUCCUCACUCAAUGCACCAAUCAUCAAACUUAUCCAACCCUUUUAACUUGGAUAAGAGUUGGAGAAAGAUGGAUGAGUCAACACCAACGUGGCCUUAGGAAAAAAUGAGGCGGGAAUUCUACCACCUACCAUUUACCACACACAUGAAUUAAAAGGGUCAAAACAUUUCCCUCACUCCACGUUGAGCUCAUGGGUUGCUAGUGUUAGGUUGAGAAACUUCUAAAUCAGACACAAAUAGGCCUUAUCCAUCCCUCCAAAUUACACCUGUAGAUAAGGAGGAUAAAUAAGUAUGGUAAUAGCUAAAAUAACCCUCUACCUGUCUCCAUUUACAUGGACAUGAGGAGCAAGCCAGCAAUCUUAAAUGGGGUGAAUGACAACCUUUGCCCACAAAUAAAGACUCCAACGUCACUUUGAUUACACGUGGGUAUAGGCUAACCUAGUCAUAAGCCUAGUCCCCUCUAAUUAACCCCCCACUCGACAGCUUUGUCCAUUACAUGCACGUAGUAGCAAGAGGCUGUAUGUGUUCCAUCAACCAAUUAUAUCACCAAAUUGGUUAUGUUACUUUCCUUUUGUAAUUACACAUGAAGAAAUGGAAAGAAUACACCAUCACAUACAUGAUAAGCUUACAUAAAUGCUUGAGGUGGUAACUCCAGCAACUUACCCCACUUUGUUGGUUUGGCUAACACGUAGCAAAGGUGGGAUGAUAGAAAUUAGUGUUCUCAAGCCAACCAUUGCACAUUAGGUUGGUUGAGAGAUACAAUUAAUGUUAUUUUAUUCUUAGCAUGUCAUCCAUGCCAGAAGCAGGAGACGCCUAUAAAUAGGACGCUCAUUUAUGCUUUCUCGGCAGUUCAUAGGGAAUUGAACUUCUGAAUCUCUCUCUAGAUCUGGCUUACUAUGCCGCUCCCGGUUACUCUCCUCUAAAAUACCGACUUGAGCUCCUCGAACCUUGGCAUCAACAACAUGUCUCCCAGAACAGUUACCCGGAUUCCAUGCUUUUGCUAAGGCAAUUUUGAGUGACUUUAUAUUUGGUUGUUUUUCAACUACUAGACGCUCUAUCAAGCCCAGCCGGUGUACUGCCUACAUACGAAACACAUCAACAUCCCCAUCAUCCACCUCCAGAGGGGUAUCGUCCUCAUCUUCCAACGUCAUGUGAUCGAGUUGAACUUUCAGACCCGCAGUACUUUGGAGCUCUGUUGGCUCCAUAGCAGGCUCCUCUAUCUCCAUGAUUGUUGGUGCCUGCUUUCUCAUUUAUCAGAUGCUUGUGAAAUUGCGAUUCAAUUCGGUCAGACACUUAGGUUGUCAGCAGGAAAAGAGUCAUGUCAAGCUGAAAACCUAAACGCGGCUUCACCGAUGGUCUAGAAAACCUUAAGGUUUAAGGCUUUAUAGACUACGCAAUAUCAAUUGAGACCUCGUCCUUAGCAGGAAAGGAUUCCUUACUCACACGUGAUACGUCGUCCACACUGAGAUCAUACGCCGCCUAAAAAACACCACUUAGAAAACCUUACUUUCAUUUCUGUUUCCUGUUUUUUAGAAAACAGAUGUUGAAAACAUGUGAAAACAACAUUUUGUUGUUUCCAAAAAUAGCAGGAAGUUGCCACUUUCUGUUUUCAUAGUUGGAAACGAAUAAAAAAUAGAAUGAAAAGUAAACAAGUUUUCUCGUUUCGAUUGCCAAAUUUAUGACAUGAAAACAGAAAACAGGAAACGAAAAUGAAAGUGAACAGACGCUAGGGGUUUCGCCGCUCAACCGGCUCUCGCUUGACGAGAGAAUUUCCCAUCAUGGUACUAAUGUGGGCUUAUCCUGUGAAAAUAAUGCUGCUGGGCUUAUGGGCCCAAACGUCGGACGAAUAAUGAUUAGGCGCGCGCAAAAUCCAAUUUUUAAAGCUCUCUAUUUUCUACAAGUUUCUAUUUCUGGUUUUCGCACUCUAGAAAACCUCUCGACUUCCUUUUCCGGUUUCCGUCUCGCCGCAGUCGUUUCCACUUCCCAACACUCUUUACCUUCAGCCGAAUAUCGUUUACUUCCCGUCGGAAGAAUAUGUAACCUAUAGAUCGGAGAACUCGAUCUGUAAUCAUCGCCAUGGAAGCAGAAUCUCCGGAGUUGGUACUCACAAUCUCAGAGUUGGUUAGCCGUGGCCGAGCCUUCACCGCCGCGUCGUCUCUAGGGUCCUUUCCCGCCGGCGCUUCGGUCAGUCAUUCGUCUUCGGUAGGUAAAUUGGAUGACGAAAAUCCACGUCCUAAGCCGCCGCCGCCGCCGCCGCCGCCGAGGAAGCCAUUCCCGAAUCCAACCGGUACAAACCCUAGCCCUAGAGUCCUUGAACCUCUGAACCGUGCCGCGAUUUUGAUAGGGACCAUAACUCUUCCUCCCGAGAGUUUACAUUGUCCGCACAGGAGUUGCUUUCAGUUCUCUGAUGAUUCCUCUGCUAGCGUUUGCUGUGACGUUCUUGACUUUCGGGUACAGUUAGUCGGAAGGAGAAUUCGCGUCCUCGCUUGGAAUUUUCUCCCUCUUAGGCAUGGAAACGGUGGAUUUUUGGAGAUUGUCAGGUGGGAUUUCCUGGAAUCCGGCUGUGUCCUCUCCCGAUGUACAAAUGUAGAUCCGAUUCCGCUUAUUUCUUCUUUGCCUUCUGCUGCUCCUCCUCCUCCUCCUCCCCCUCAAGAAGGGAAAUCGAAGGCUUGUUAUAGUAUCCAUGGCCCAGUAGAAUCAGUAAGCCCUGUUUCUGAUGUUCCUUGCUCAACCGGGACACUGAAGGCGCAGAAGCUCCGUGGCUUUAUUGCUCGGAUUAUGGUUUGUCUGUGUCAGUUAUGUAGUGGUAAAGAAGGCACUAAAGUUCUGCAAAAUGUAGCUAAGAAAGAAGAUCAUCGCUUUACAGAAGCCAAGUUUGUAUAUUUUGUUGGUGCUUCUUCUUGUUGGCAUCCGGUGAUCAUGAAGCUUGUAGGGAGUGUUAUCAUGUUAUCAGGGCUGAAGAAGAAGUUGGUUUUCAUUGGCGAAAAGGAGUCUCAAUUGAUGUUUGUGACCACUGAAAACUCCACUCUGCAAUUGCCAAAGUUGUAUAGGAAAUGCUUAUUGUUUCCGGAAACCUCUAUCAAGGGUAGAGGGGAACGUGGUGUUUACUCCGGCAUUAUCAGAGGAAUCUAUAUGCAAGGGAUGGUUAUGGAGCUGGAUAAAGAAGUUUGGCUCUUGCUGACCGAUCAUUUCCUUACCUUGCCUCACAGCCUUAGAGUUGGCGCAGUUAUUUCCGUGAAGAAUGCUCACUUUGUAAAUCCAAAAUUUCAUUGGACCAAAAUGCUGAUACUUGGAACAUGCAUCAAAUCUAACAUAUCUGUGGAGUCAUUCUCGCCCUUGGAUACCAGAUGCCUUAUGGUAUCCCAAUCACAGAGCCAGCUGGGAAUUUUCAUCGAGGCCUUGAGAUUUUCUGUCAAGCUAUGGGCACUUGUCACUGUUGCUUGUUUCCAGAAAAAGUUUGCUGGAACUUUAUCCGAGAAGGAGAUAGUGGGAUCCAAAAAUAGGAAAGGACUGGUGCAGAUGUUUAUCAGCAGACAACUAUCGCCUUUAGGGGUUCGAGCUCUGCAUGGAGUGUUUUCUGAGUUAUGCACACAUUGUGCAAAUGGGUGUGGUAGCCAGCCAUACAUUGAAAACCUUAAAUUGGUGGUGCCAAUAUCUAUUUUACUUCAUAAUUGUGAGGUCUUAUGGACUGAAUCACAGUUUCAGCUGGAGAACAACCACCAUACUUCCUCGGGCAGUUCUCAUUCGAGCUUAUUUCCAGAUCAAAUGCCAUCAUGUCAGCCAUUGAGGAGGGUCUUUUCAAGUGAAGAGAUAGGCUUUUUCUUGCUUGGAAAUCUGAAGAUUUCUUCUGCUUCUGGAAGGCUACAGUUAGUAGAUGCCACUGGCAGCAUUGAUGCCAUAGUGCCAGACCUUCCAUCAACUUGGAACAUCAACACUAUCUAUAAGGUUGUAAACUUUAGUAUUAUCGUCGAGGGCAAGCCGAAUUCGCCAUGUCAAUCAGAGUUGCUUCACCAUCGUUCUAUCUCUUGCAGACAUAUAUUUCACUUAACACCUUCAGCUAGAGAAACAAACUUGUCGGUUUAUGCUUAUUUCUGCUUAAGGAAUGCUGGAUGUCAAAAUGGCCCCUUCUAUCAUUCUUUGUGCAGCAGUGAUAGUAGCAAGGAGCUCCAAAGUGGAAAUUUCCAUGUACUAUUAGUCACACAUAAGUAUCCUCUUGUACAAAAGUUUCAAGGUGUCCCAGUUAUAUCAGAUGGGUGUACUGCAUUCGCUGAGGCCAUUGUCUUGUCUUGGGAGCUGUUUCUUUCUGGUAAAGAUGGAAAUAGACAUUCAAGUAAGCUUUCAAACAAUGAAAUGAAUGCUUGCUCACAACAUGGCGGUUAUCCCAAUAAGAAGUGUAAAUCUGAUGCAACAUCAGGCCACUCAGAUGUUUCACUACCAACAAAUAACCCAAGAUAUUUUGGCAAUGAACAGAAUUGUUAUUCUUCUUCUGUCAGUGAUUCCACCAACUCAACAUGUAGCAAUCUUAUUUCUCCUGAGAUUUUUUGUUCUGCCACUAUAAGAACUGCCAGUAGUGACAACUUGGAUGUCUUGGGGAAGUUCUGCACACAAUGUAAUAUGAAGAAUAGGGUUAACCAUGAGCCAAGAACACAGAAGAUGCUGCUGGAAUUUGAUUCGACAAAUAAUUUCAAGUAUCAGUUGUUGCAGAUUGGUGUAUUUUACAUCAUAAAACAUCAUGCAGAAGACUGUCUGUGUGCUAGUAAGGGGUGUAACAAGUUUAGCAGUGAUGGUAUUCCUCAAGCAAGAGCUUUUCAGGGGAUUAAAAGUUCUGUUCAUAUGCUGGUUUUGGUGGAUGAUCAAAUGGUGUGCAUUAUUGGAUCAGUAAGCAGACAAUCAUAUCCUGUUGGAUUUGGCCCAGGUGUCACUGCAUCCUUUUAUCGGGUUCUAAAAUCGAGGGGAUCCAAUAGAUUGAUGCUCACACCUGUUUCAUUUAUAGUAGUCAACUCUAUUAGGGUUGCACCUGAAUUAGAUGCUGAUAAAGCUGCCAACAACACUUUGGUAACGAAGGCAUUUACUGUUGAUGAAUCUGCCAGCAACCCUUUGGUAACGAAGAAUUUUUCUACUUCAUCUUUGAAUAAUGUUACCUUUGGAAUGCUGUCAGAGCUCCAUCAGUUACUAGAUAGCAAGCCCAUGCGAUUCAAUUGCAGGGUAGUUAGCAUCCAUGUUUUGGUCCUAGAGAAGAGAAGGAAACGUGAAAGUCUAAACCCAAAUGUUCACUCAGUGGCACACUUUCUGGACAUUCCUCUAGCGGGAUUUCUUCUGGAUGAUGGAUCCUCUUCAUGCUUUUGCUGGGCUAGUGGUCAAAGAGCAGCAACUCUAUUACGGCUUCAUGAGGAACUCUCCCUUAGAGCUUUGGGUGGCUACUCGUUGAAGUGGAUGGCGAUGGGAAAUGGUCCAUUUAGAUCCAUAAUGCAUCAUCUCGAAAGAAUAAUAAACAAGCAUAACAGAAUAACUAUCAAGAACUGUGGACCACCAGCCGAUUCCUGCUAUCAAGAUCUCACUGUCUCAGUCAGUUCGGGUAGUACUCUCAGUGCCUUUGACGAGUACUUCCUAAAAUUCAUCGCCUUCAAUUCUUGCUUUGGUUCGAUCUUGGCUGUGGCUGGAAGCUUGAUGGAUGCGAAUACUGUUGUGGAGCUAGAGACCGAGCAGCUUAAACAUACCGGAACGACUAUUCCUGCUGGUCAAAACAUGUGGGCAUCAGAGGUUCGUUUCCCUGAUACUCUCACUGAUGCCAGGCGCAUGAUGCAAGAGCUCUUAGUUAGUUAGUUGACAUGUGGUCAUCAUGAGGUAUUUCUUUCAUAUCACCUUGUAAUGUUAGUCAAAUUGGUCUUAGAGAUCAUGUAAGCGUUAUACAAGCUAACAGGUCUAAGAAGGACACGAUGCAUCAAUGAUAUGAGAACAAAAACGCUAUGAGCAUGAUUAGUCGUAUCAUACAGAAGUUUUUGCACCGCCAGGUACAGAUGACAAGCAGUGAACAAAAACAACACAUGCCAUUUCUUUGUUCUUCUUCACAAACACAUUGCGAAAUGCGAAUAUACAUUCAUUUCUUUUUAUAUGGUACAGCCUAACUUGUGACUCUGUUGGUAAACCUAACAUGCAACAUCAUCAACCGCAUCUCCUAUAAUCUCCCAGUGUCAGAGAGAGAAUCGAGACGGCGCAGAUUCCUGGUGCUUGUAGUCCCCUGAAACGUCCAUCAACUGUUCUCUGAUGGACGAAACAAGACGGGAAGCUUCAUGGUCGAAAACUAUGGGAUACCUCGGCAAACUCUGGAGAAAUGGUAGCAAAGUUGCAGGCAAAGUGCUUCAGUAUUCCUCUAGCAUUCACAUUCUGCAAGUACUGCAGACUUUCCCACGAACAAAUAUUAUAACAAGUCAAGCAUUAGAAGCAUGAAUGGAUUACAAAGAUGAAGUUCUAGAUCAACUGUUGCUUCAGGCAAAUUAGCAAUAUACCUUACCCAUGACUCAAUGGGUUAAGCUGCAAAAAUCCGAGCGCAAAACCAAUAGACCAAUGAGAACCCUUUAAAACCCACAUCGAAAAGAUUCAUAAUUGGCAAUCAGGGAGCUGAAAUUCAAGAUUACUUUGAACGCCGGAGAUUGGCCGCGAACAAUAGAGCAAAAGACACAGUCUUGGGUCCCCUGUUUUCCGCCGCCGGAGCUCGCAAUAAAAAUUAGCAGCAGCAGAAGAAGAAGAAUUACAAGGAGAUACGAAUUGGGUUUGAGUAUGGAAGGAAGCAACAGGAGAAGCGGAAGAGGGGAGAAAGUGGGAGCAAAGAAUGGCGAGCCUUAUUCGAGACUCCAUUGCUAAGCAUUUAUUGGUAGCAGGAAGAAAAGGGCUUGCCCAGAAAGAAGCAACGGACAUAUGAACCAAAAAGGAAGAGGAAGAGGAAGAGGAAGAAUGGAAGUGAGGUGGAAAGCGGGAGGCUUCGUUGGAUUUUUG